AUGGCAGCCAAAUCGCCGAAAGACAACGUCGACCUCGACUUUCAGUUCUGGGCCAACUUGAAAUACAGUGGCUGCGGAUUCGAUAACCAGGCGGACUGGGAGGACUUUCAAAUGCGCUUCUCUGCCUCUACCUCUGGCCCUGGCACACCGCUACGUCCAGGCCUCAGGGUCAGCCAAAUUGGACAUCUCGAAAGUCCGGGCCCUCUCGCGGUGGCUGCUGUAGCUUUCGCAGUUCAGGACGAGGCCACCCUUCGCGAGACGGAGUUCUGCAUCCUGAUCAUCGUUCCUCCUCCGUCCCCGGACGACCCGCACGAGGGCUCUGGGAAACAAUUACCGGUCUUCACGGCGACCAAGACGGACGAGGCCAGAGACACUUUUGAGUCCGAACUAACACACGGCUCCCGGCUUUUCCAGCUGGUUCCGGGGGAGGACGCAGACACGCCCGGAUUCGAACCGUUCCAGCCGGAGCCCCCGAGAGUCGACUGGGGCCUGGUCAAGGAGGAUGUCAAAGACGUUCCGGUUUUUGCCUUGUCGGAUGUCGAGCGGUUCCGCUCGCUGACGAAUCAGGUCCACGAAGUCACCAUCAACGGGCGGGCCUAUGUCUACAAGCUUGCCAGAGAUCCAGAGUUUGUCCGGGAGAUCUCGAUGUUGCGGAAGCUGGAAGCGUUGAGCAGGAAAGGACACACCACUCUCCGGGCCCCGAAGCUGGAAGGGGUCAUCGGCCUGGAUACGAUAUUCGAUGGGAUUCUCAUGACGUGCAUCCCGUCCUCCCGCAGUCUGGAUCGUCUGAUUCUCGGUGAUUGCGAGAUGAGCCUCGCCGACCGUCAGAAGUGGUAUGACCAGGUCUCCGAGGCCGUGCAAACUCUGCAUCAGGAGGGUCUCUGCUGGGGAGAUGUCAAGGCGGCAUAUGUGGUGAUUGAUGGCGAAGGCGACGCCUGGCUGAUCGAUUUCGAAGGCGGUGCCAGUUGGGGCUGGAUCGACAAGCAGCUGAAAGAUACCAUGGCUGGAGAUUUGCAAGGCUUGAGCAGGCUGCAUCAGGUAUUGGGCCUGGGAGCCUCCUGA